CAAACAGUGAUGCUUUCUUCUGGUUUCAUCGAUAAUGUUAUAUUUUUGUCAAACAAAGCAAAGUAAUUAUGUUUUAAGUUAAAACAUUGUACGAUGAUGAAUAGAUCUUCGAGAUGCCUGCUGUAGCUGCUUAAUUUGCUAUUUUAUGAACAAUUUGUGUCGUACUAGCGUUUGAUUCCAUGGUAACUUUCUUUUGUGGACAUGCCAAGUCAACUCGGAAGGUCGGUGGAUAGUCUGGUCUUCGUCUUUCUAAGUUAGUUAUGCUACGGUAAGACUUAAGUAACCCAAAUGUCAGUCAGACAUGCCGAUCCAGCUAUAAUUUAUUGUCAAAGAUCUCAGUUAGGACCAGGCAUAAAUCAGACCCACACUGAAGCAACCUCUACUGUGCAUCCUGUCUUGUGUUCUAUUAUGAAUCACCUGUGAGGGCUAAAGCUGUAAUGAAAUCCAGUGGGCCUGUGUUCACAAGGCAGAAACCCUUCCAGCCAGCAUCCAAAGUGGGGAAGGCACACUACCACCCAUCCUGCAACCAGUCCCCGUCAAGGAAAAAGAAAAAAACAACUUUGAGUCCUGCACGCUCAAACCAGCGAUCCAGUCCACAACAGCUCUUAGAGAAACGUAACCACCGUUUUGCCGCCACGGAUGGACAACCUGUUUUUGCAGAGUCCUGGCCUUCCACUGACUGUGGAUCUUCUCCUGCCAGCACUACAAUCUCAUCUGACAUGGAGACAGCCAAAGAGUCUGUGAGAGCAGGAAAAUCCACAGUUUCCUCAGAGCUAGGAGUUCAGCAGGAUUCAGUGCUGGCAAAGUUCAUAGACCGCUUUCGCCAUGGUCGACCACAGAGUCGAGAGGAGCGCCAGCAGAUGGCUUCUGCCAUUGGAGAGAAUCAGCAGCCUUUUUGGUGGUUGUCACCCUCAUCUUUACCCCCCAGUUCAACACCAACUAAAACAACAGACAAAGAUUUUAUCCAGCCUCUGAGAGAUGACCAUGGACCUACCAUUUUCAGUUCAGCUGGCCAGCGUCAACGUGACACAUCCCUUUCCCCACGCAGAGGAUCUCUUAGUAUUUUGUCAGACACCUCCCAGGGUGAAUUCGAUGACACAGAGAUACUACACCUUCAAGAACGGGCCAACAGACUUCUGCUGAGAGAUGAAUGUACCCUGAGUGAUGGAUCGAUCCAUGUCAGUUCAGAGGGCCUGGGAUGCUCAGAUUUCUCUUCUCCAGUCAGCGUAGAUGAGCCAGUGCGAAGACCUUUGAUUCCCAGUAUAAUACAAUUUACUAAUGCGAAGGCCAGCUCAGACUCUGUUCAAGCUGUGUCCUCCCAAAAAUCCUCUGUCAUUCCAUCUCUGGUGCCCCCCACACGCCCAGAAGAGGACAUCUUGUUCCAGUGGCGUUUAAGAAGAAAGAUUGAGCAGGCCAGGGAGUGGCCCCAGUCCCUGCAACACUCCAGUCUUCAUGGUCCCACAUUUAGCUGGCAGGCCCCCAGUAUGAGCCAUCCCUCAGCCAGUGGACAGGCUAACAAGCAACAACAGAGUACUCACCCUCUUGAAUUCUCACAAAACGCUACACAUCCACACAUCACUGCUCCCCAGCCAGAAACCACAGAACUCCAACGAUCAUGUUCCCCAGCUUCAGGUCCACCUCCCUUCCCUUCCUUUGUUGUCUCUGGCUCUUCAGUCUCUCAGCCCCAGACUAUUGCCCAUGUUCCUGCUCACAUGCAUUUACUCUGUGAUGUCUUGCCCUGUCCGAUCCAGUCAUCUCAUGCUCGCAUGCAACAGAACAUUUCACAAAGUACAGAUGAGUCUCAGACCAAAGUUGUCCGUAAAAAGAGCCAAGUCCCUGGAAACUCAAUGUGUACCGUCACUGAUGAGCCUAUUCGUGAACAUAUGCCAUCCCCACCACCUGGAGCUUCAUCUGGAGCUAUAGAAGGAGGGGGGCCUAGUCACCACAAAAGAUCUGAGAGGAACAAGAAAGAGAAAGCCCAGAGAAAAGAGUCAGAGAAGAAUGAGAAGAACACAGUGAUGUCUUUCAGAAAGCAGAAGAAAUCAGCAAGAUAUACUGUGGAUAGGGAACACGCUGAUGGCCCUAGCUCUACAAACAGGAGUUCUUCACAUCAAAGAGUUCCCAAAAAGGUCAUGCCAUGGGCAGAGCAGCAGCAACAGGAGGCACACCAGGAGUUUUCCAAUGAGAGCUUGACUGGCGAUCAUGCACCACCACCUUCUCCAAUCCACAGUGCCUUAGGACAGGCAGUUUCAGAGGUAUUGUUCCCUACGGUGGAUUCAUCUCCUGCACAAAGGACCCCUGUCUCGACAGUUUCUCCUCCUUGCACUGCCUCUGCACCUCCACAAUCCUCAGUUCCUCCAUGCAAUGAACAGAACUCUAUGGAGGUCAUUUCACAGCUGCUGCGAGAGGCUGAAGAUUCAGAUGAAAAAGAGUUUGAAGAUGAUCCUUUAUUACAAGUCCUUCGCAAACAGAGAAAAUGGGUGAUGGAGCAGAUCAGUGAAGUGGACUCUACAUUGAAUGAAUUCCUGGACGAGCAACAAGUUGCUUGAACACCAGCAAAGAGGCACUUGAAGUAGUCACUUUUUUUAUUUUUAUAAAGAAAUAAAGUUUAUUUGUACUUUUUUUGAAGAAAUAUGUCCACAGUAAAGAGUUUGGAGAUAUGUCUGUGUGCAUCAUUAAUCACAAUCACAAUACAGUGCAUUUUACAAAAGUUGCACACAAAAAAAAACUGUGAACGCAGAAUAUUUACAAAGACUGGUUCCUUCAAACAUUAUGUAAGAUUGAUGAGUAAUAGCAGAGCAGUAUAUACAAACCUCAGAGAACAGGGAAUAUUAGAACAGUGCCAGGAACAGAAUCAAAUGUGUGUUUUGGCACAUGCUGAGUGUUGCUGUGACUGGAGGAACGUGAAUUUCUGUUUGUGCCUCUGUGUUCAUAAAGGCUUCUGUUACAUCUGUUUUCAUACAUGGUGAAGAUAGCAGAGAUUUGACUGUUUGGUAUUAAUGUGAUUAGGUCAGGAUUCUGGAGUUCUCAGUUUGCAGCAUUGGUGCAGAUAUGAUAAGGAUGCCGUCUGGAGAAACCG